AUGCUGAGGGUGGAGUUCAAGGGCCAGCCCUACGACUGGUUCAGCCUUGAUGACAUGGGCUCCCUCAUCCAGUCUGAGGAGUUUGCCAGCACCUUGAAGGAGAACAUCAACCACUACUUCAACGUGCCCUUCGAAGAGCAGGCUGUCUUUGACGAUGCCGGAAGCUCAGAAAGCCCGGCGCAUGUGUAUAUGUAUAACAUGCAUGCCAUGUGA